AUGACCUUUCGUGCCAACCAUCUUUACAGUAAUGGACCUGAAGUUCAAGGAGCAUUUGGCGUGGACAGUCUCCCCCUCACAACUGUGGCCCACAUUAUAUUCUACCUCGAAGACGAUGUUGCCUCUCUCGCGCGACUCUGUCGGACCUCGCGUGUCCUUUAUUACAUGACACUCCCGCAUCUCUGGAAAUGCGUGGACCUGAAAUCGUACAGCUCCAUACGGUACAAAGACGAUGUACCAGAAGGAUUUGGGAGUGCCAGCCCUUUUUCCAUGGGGCUGAAUGCCCUGGUCACCAGAAAUGUGUCGACUUUGGUACGAUCCUUGGGAUUAGAAGGAGAGUUUGGGGCAUCGGAUUUAUAUGAGUAUUCAAGAGUUGGUCGUGUGUCGGAGAGUACGAUGAUCCUCAACAUCGCUGUCCGGGCGGCCGUGGAUCAGUGUGUUCAUCUGGAAAAGUUUCGAUGGGAUUUGAACAUCAGAUUACAGCCCAAUGUCUACGGUGGCCUCGCAAAGUUAUCGCGACUCGAACACUUAUGGCUCCGGUUUCCGACAAAUAGAUUACCACAGCCAUCCACCGACAUACCUGCGCUGCCCAAUCUCAAAUCCUUGACGAUCACUCAUUUUGACCCUCUUUGUUUUCCCGACGACAUUUCGACCCUGUUGCUACAUGCAACCAACCUCGAGAGUCUCCAGAUGCACUUUUCCCCUCGAAUGCGGGAACAGGGGGAAGCAUCUGUUGUGAUACCACACAUUUUCCGCAAGAACAUUGCCGCAAAGAAGAGACUCCGACUCAGGAGAAUGGGCGUCUAUAAUCUGCUCGCAAGCGUGGGCACCCCAGAAUGCUUGGAAGCCUUGGAUACGACGACGUGUGAGCAUUUCACCGCCUUGAAUACCUUUGGACUGGACGAAGAUAGCUUAGGAUCCCAUCCCAGCACCACCCAUUUCAUCGAUCGGACCUGGCUGGUUCCCGUGAACAAAGAUAAUCCCAAACCCAAAUCGCUACGUCUGGACCAACUGCAUAAACGACAUGCUUUGGACUUGGGCAAAUCUGCCGGACUGGAACGCCUAUAUCUUGUUAACGCACGCUAUAAGCGCGACGGAACAAAUGGCUACGCCAACUCGUCCCCAACCUCGGCCGAAGUAUCCCCCAUGCCUUCUUCAGGUGCAGGCAGUAGCAAUAGAUCAUCACGGGGCACCCCCCAGCCCAACACCAGUCUCCGCGAUUUAUAUCUGGAUAACAUCUGCGGAGUCUGUGGCCCGACAUUAAAACAUUUGAUUCUUCCUGCCCGAUGGCUUCUCCCCACACCGGUGACGGCACGACUUAUCCGCUCAUGCCCCAACCUCACCCAACUCAGUGCCGCAAUCGAAUGUUCCGACUACCAGGUCCUACGCAUGCUUGUCCCCUUCCUAUCCAAACUAUGGGCCAUCCGCAUCCUAGCCCCGACUCAAGAGGGAGAAGGAGAAGAAGCACAAAAGAAUCUCGCCGCAUAUAAUGUCUUCAUCAACGAAGAUGACAGCGCGCACGAGGAGAAAAUGGCCACCGUGCUAGUCGGAACUGGUCCCAAUGGCGCGACGACGGAUUUACCUUGCCUCCGAUACGUCGGUCUCGGGCCCAAAGUUUGGGAAAUCGGCGGGAUUAUCGAGGAGACUGUCAAGAUUCCAGUGGACGGUGAAGAGAGAGGUUUAGAUCAAGAUGGGAACGGAAAUGGAAACGGAAAUGGAAACUGGGUCGACAAAAACGGCAAGGCUACAUGGCGGGAAGAGAUCGUGUACAGGCGGAAAAUCAAAAGGAUCACCGAACAGGAUGUCAAGGAGGUGGAGAUUUGGAAGAUGGAUUCCAUGGACGUGAUUUGA